AUGUCGAGUGCUAAGAAACUGUCUCUUGAAGAGAGGUUAUCAUUAGCAGCUAAGAAAGGGAAGAAGAAGAGCAAAAAGCUGACUUCGGCUAGCCCAACACCAGGACCUCUUGUGGAUGAAGAGAUUGCUACACAUGUGGAAGAAACUUCACCUGACGUCAAAGAAGGUAUAGUUGAAAGCUGGAAUAUAGAUGAGACAGUGAAGACAGUUAGCGAUAGCAAGAAGGAUGUUGAAACUAGUGUUGCACCUGAAACCGUAAAGGAAGAAGUUAGUCCAGUACAAGAUGAACAGAGCCCUAAGGAAGUGAAAACUUCAGUUGUGAAUACGGUUAAACUUGAGCCACUCUUAAUUCAAAAUCUGAAGUUAGAUUGGCUGCCGAAUAACUACCGCGACAUCGAUGUUCAUAAACUGUUAAAUACAAUUGACCAACGAAUUGGUGGUUCAAUAGAGAAAGGGGAAUCCUCUAAUAAAAAAUUAUUAGAAUCAAUCAAAGAGAAGGAUAAGUUAAUAGGACAGUUGAGAUCGGAGGGAGAAAACCUGUCAAAAGUUGAUCUAAAGAAAUCCAAUCAAAUUAAACUUAUGAAGAGUAAAAUGUUUGAAAUGGAAAACGACCUCUUGAACACAAAGGAACAACUUGAUGAAGAGGUUUCGAAUUAUAAGACACUAGAAAAAAAUCUUAACGAUCUUCAGCAACAAGUGGUAACAUCCAAUUCUGUCAUCAAGGACCUUAAACUUCAAGUAACCACAGUGGAAAAGUUGCAGAGUACCACUAUUGCACAAGAUUCUCAAAUUGCCACCUUGAAAGAAGAAGUUGCAGACAUGACGACGCAACUGGCUGAGGCAAACUCUAAUCAUCUUCUAGAAAUAGAAUCCCUCAGGGAAUCCAGUUCGGCUCAAAUUAAUACCCUUGAAACGGAUUUAGAACAACUAAAGAUUAAAUUGGAAAAUAAAAACCAGUCUGAGACAACAUCUGGGGAGCCCCAAAGCAUGACUAAUGAUAGUCAACAAUAUUACAUCUUAGAACAACAGUUAAGGUCAAGUAAAGAGAAUUGGAAAAGCAUUGAAGAUACUUUUAAUAUUAAGAUUGUAAAACUUGAAGAGGCUUUACAGAAUGCAGAGCAGGAAGUACAAAAACAAACCCAAGAGAAAGAAAAAUUGGCAAAUGGCAAUGGUCUCCUGAUAGACCAAAUAGAUAACACAUUGUCUAAGAAUAAAGAAUUGAAAGAUCAAGUACAAAGUUGUAAGAAUGAAGUACAAUCCUUGCAAAAUAAGUAUAACGAUAUGAAAGAUGAUUAUAAUCUCCUUAAUAAUAAAUUUAGUAUUCAAAAAGCACAACUGACCAAAUUAUACGAUGAGCCAAUCACAAACUCACACUUGAAACUAGACACUUCCAAUAUUAGCGCUAUCAAAAGUCAUUCAUUGAAUGACGUGAGCGAAGAAUGGUUACUGCCAGCUGAUGACUCUCUGCUAUCUAUUCAAAGUAUUUCUACAAAUAUCGAUAACAGCAGAUUCGACGAUACCGAUACACCACCUCGUGUAGAUAAUAAUGUGAAUGAAUCGGAUGUAAGCAUAUCGAUUGAUAUUCCUGAUGAUGCGGAACAUUUACAGAACAUGUUAGCCAAAAAGAAUAGCAGAUCUAGCAACCAAUUGAAUGUUUUGGGAACAAUCAGACCUUCAGAUUCCUCCUUAACACCAAAUAAGCUGAAACCGUUGAGCGAAAUCAAUAACAAUACGGAGAUCAAUUCAGGAUCGAUGAAUACAAACCCCCAAUUAGUCACUAGACUUGGUUCAGAAGUCCGUAGGUUGGAAAAUGAGUUGCGUAAUAUGCAGAAAGACCAAGAACGUCUUGUUCAGGAUAAGGAUAAUGCAAACGAGGAAAUAUUGAGACUUCUUGAUAGGAAUGAUAAGGCUAUCAAAAUUAUAGAUGAAAACAAGUCUUUAAAACAAGAAUUGGAAAAUAUUUCUAAACGUUUGGAAGUUUCGUUGCAACUGUUAGGGGAAAAGAGUGAGACCGUAGAGGAACUGGAAAAUGAUGUUAAUGACUUAAAGGAGAUGAUAAAACAGCAAGUCCAACAAAUGGUUGAGAUACAAGAGAGUAAGUAG